CACUCUAAAUCAAGGAAAUGAGAGAAAAUAUCAUCUGUAAAAUGUAAGGUCACAUAAAAAUAUCCACACAUUGUCUCUAUGAGUCCAUGUUCUAGAUGCUCCAUCACACCAACCUUGUAAUAGUGAGGGAUGGUGUGACCUUCCUGUGUGGAAUCCCAGGAAUACAGAGGACGGGGACAUCUCUCUGGUGGGUUCCUGGUAUUAGGUGGCUCCAUCAUAUCCUUGUGAGCGGAGUGUGCGUGCUGGGCGGUACUUGGAUAUUAGGUCAGUGAUGUAGUUCUGAUGGUGAUGACCUUCCUGAUGAUGGUGAGGGAUGGUGUGACCUCCUGUGUGGAAUCCCGGGAAUACAGAGGACGGGGACAUCUCUCUGGUGGGUUCCCAUGACUGGAUCCAUCU